CGAUCGGAGAUACCUUCAGGAGCGUCGUGUCAGUGAAACGACAUGGGGGAACGAGUAGCUUUACUGCUGCUGGCUUUAGCGGCUUCAUCUCUGGCUGCAGAGGUGCCUACAGAUGUUUCUAUGGGUCUGUUGGCAGAGCCCCAGGUGGCCAUGUUCUGCGGUAAACUCAACAUGCGCAUCAAUGUGCAGAGUGGAAAGUGGGAGUCCGACCCCUCGGGCACCAAGAGCUGCAUCAGCACCAAGGAGGGCAUCCUGCAGUACUGCCAGGAGGUGUACCCAGAGCUCCAGAUCACCAACGUGGUGGAGGCCAACCAGCCAGUCAGCAUCCAGAACUGGUGCAAGAACGGACGCAAGAUGUGUCGCAGCCACAUGCACAUCGUGGUGCCGUACCGCUGCCUGGUGGGUGAAUUUGUCAGCGACGCCCUGCUCGUUCCUGACAAGUGCAAGUUCCUGCACCAGGAGCGCAUGGACCAGUGUGAGAGCCACCUGCACUGGCACACUGUCGCCAAGGAGUCCUGUGGGGACCGCACCAUGAACCUCCACGACUACGGGAUGCUGUUGCCGUGCGGCAUCGACCGCUUCCGGGGAGUCGAGUUCGUCUGCUGUCCCGCCGAGGCCGAGCGGGACGCCGACAGCGGCGAGCAGGACGCCGACGACUCCGACGUGUGGUGGGGCGGCGCGGAGACCGACUACUCUGACAACAGCAUGGUGCGCGAGCCCGAGCCAGCAGAGCAGCAAGAGGAAACCAGGCCAUCUGUGGUAGAGGAGGACAACCAGGAGGAGGAGCAGGAGGAGGAGGUGGUGCCGGCCGAGGAGGAAGAAGAAGAAGACGAUGACGACGAGGAGGAGGAAGAGGAGGACGUGCUGGAUAACGACCGCGACGGAGACGGCGAGGAGGACCAGGAGGCGGUGGGGGACGAUUACGAGGACGAGGACGAGGAGGAGGCGGCGGCGGCAGACGACGACAUCGUGGCCACGCUGGAGGACGACGACGCCACGACCAACGUCGCCAUGACGACCACCACCACCACAACCACCACCGAGUCCGUGGAGGAGGUGGUCAGGGAUGUGUGCUAUGCCAAAGCAGAGACCGGUCCAUGCCGGGCCAAGCUGUCCCGCUGGCACUUUGACCGCCAGGAGGGCCGCUGCGCUCCGUUUACCUACGGCGGCUGCGGGGGAAACAGGAAUAACUUUGAGUCAGAGGAGUACUGCAUGUCUGUGUGCGGCAGCGUCAUGCCCACAGCCACACCAAGCUCCCCUGACGCCGUGGACCACUACCUGGAGACGCCCGCUGACGAGAAUGAACACGCCCACUUCCAGAAGGCCAAAGAGAGCCUGGAGGCAAAGCACCGCGAGAGGAUGUCCCAGGUGAUGAGGGAGUGGGAGGAGGCCGAGGGGGAAGCCAAGAAUCUUCCACGCGCCGACAAGAAGGCUGUCAUCCAGCGUUUCCAGGAGAAGGUGGAGGCGCUGGAGCAGGAGGCGGCCAGCGAGCGGCAGCAGCUGGUGGAGACGCACAUGGCGCGGGUGGAGGCUCUGCUGAACGACCGCCGCCGCCUGGCUCUGGAGAGCUACCUGACCGCACUGCAGCAGGACCCGCCCAGACCUCGCCACGUCUUCAGCCUGCUGAAGAAGUACGUGCGUGCCGAGCAGAAGGACAGGCAGCACACCCUCAAGCACUUUGAGCACGUCCGCAUGGUGGAUCCGAAGAAGGCUGCGCAGAUCAGACCUCAGGUGCUGACCCACCUGCGUGUCAUCGAGGAGCGCAUGAACCAAUCUCUGGGACUCCUCUACAAGGUGCCCGGUGUGGCCGACGAUAUCCAGGACCAAGUCGAGCUCCUGCAGAGGGAGCAGGCGGAGAUGGCCCAGCAGCUGGCCAACCUGCAGACGGACGUGAGGAUGAGCUACGGAAACGACGCCCUGAUGCCCGACCAGGAGCUGGGAGACGGGCAGACGGAGCUGCUGCCUCAGGAGGACGCGCUGGGCUUCGGUGGCGUUGGGUUCAUCCACCCCGAGAGCUUCAACCAGGCUAACACCGAGAACCAGGUGGAGCCAGUUGACUCUCGCCCCAACCUCGACAGAGGGAUUCCCACAAGGCCAGUGACUGGAAUGAAGAUGGAAGCUAUUCCUGAGCUGCGUAUGGAGACGGAGGACAGACAGAGCACAGAGUAUGAAGUUCACCAUCAAAAACUGGUCUUCUUCGCAGAGGACGUGGGCUCCAACAAGGGCGCCAUCAUCGGGCUGAUGGUCGGGGGCGUCGUCAUAGCGACCGUGAUCGUUAUCACCCUGGUGAUGCUGAGGAAGAAGCAGUACACCUCCAUCCACCACGGAGUCAUCGAGGUGGACGCCGCCGUCACCCCCGAGGAGCGCCACCUGUCCAAGAUGCAGCAGAACGGCUACGAGAACCCCACCUACAAGUUCUUUGAGCAGAUGCAGUAACUGAGGAGAAUGUCUCACUCACUCACACACACACACACACACACAUAAAAAACACACAUCUCCCCCCCUUUCCCCCUCUUCCUCCCUGACGAUUCUCCAAAAAUGCAGUGUGUUGUUGAAAUAGUCGGUUACAGAGCGACUGUAGCGGAGUUUGUUUUUUUUUUCCUUCCUGUCCCGGGCCAGUUUGCACCCAAGUUUGUUCGCUUGAAUCGGAGUGAGACGCCUCUUCUAAUUAAAGAACGCCGUCUUUAAAUGAGUCGCUCCAUCUGCGCCUGCUGCUGUGGGGAGGGGAAAAAAAAAAAAAAGGCCCCGCCCAGUGCAUCGAAACAAACCCACACUCCUCGGUGGGGAGGGGGGGGCAAUCGGCUUCUCUCUGUCCACGCUGCUUCAGGGUCGGUAUAGUCGGGUUUAUGUGAGUUGGGGUGUGUAGGCAAAUCUGACGUCUGAUCAGCGGGAUUUAAGGGACGCUCAGCCGGGCUUUAUUUACAAAAAAAAAAAAAAAUCAUCAUCUCACAGUUGAAUUUCUUUCCAUCGCGUUCUUUGUAGUGAAAGAAAAGCGAGACGAUUUGUAUAAAUGAAGCCCGGCGUCUCCCCCCACGAUCUGCACCACUACUGCACUCCCUCGACAGUCUACACUGGAGUAUAACACGCCUCCUCCUCCCUCCUCCUCCCUCCUCCCUCCUUCCCUCUCUCCUUCCACCUUCUUUUCUUUACGACAGCUGGGCUGUGCUACGUCACGCGCGGCUCUUACAGAUAUCCAGAGGUGAUAAAUGAUGUUGAUGACGACACUAUGUAUUCUGAAUGAGCUGUUUUUUUUUUUCUUGUUUUUUUUCUCUCUUUAAGUUUCCAAGUUUUGUUUUUCAAAAAAGAACGAAAACCAGGUUUAAAAAAAAAAAAAACAACAAAAGAAAAAAACAAACAACAACAACAGACGAGUCAAACUGAUGUAAAGUCCUUUUUUUAAAUUGUGUGUAAUGUCAACUGAAGUAAUGCCGAAGUCUUAGCUGUUCUUAUGUAGUGCAUGACAACAAAGACGAAAACAGGAUUUGGAGAAAAAAAAGACAAAAAAAGAUCUUCUCGCUUCUCUCUCUCUCUCUCUCUCUCUCUCACUCUCUCUCUCUCUCUCACGUUAUAGAUUGUCAUUCUAGCAAGAUUGUACAUUUAGUAUCUUCUCGUGACCACGUGAACUCAAACGAUGAUUGAAAAAAUAUAUAUGAAUCUAGAUGAACGGGCUCUGCUUUGAUAUGAUGUAAAAUACACAUUUAAAAGAGAUCUGUGAUUUUGGACUUAAGUGUGUUCCAUGUUUCUUUUCUUCUUCUUCAUUUGAUUUUAUUAUUUUUUUUAAAAAGCUCUGUUUGUAUGUUGUUCUCAAUCACUGCCCCUCCCCUCCUCCUUCUUAGUUUAUUUUCUGUUCGCUUCAUGUGACUGUGUUCUUCAGAAAGGGCAUGACGUGGGCGUGAAGGUUACACAAAGUGGGAAGAGAAACUGGGAAAAAAAAAUAAGAGAGGGGAGGGGUUAGGAUUAUCUGUGCGUAUGUGUGUGUGCGUGUUUUGUCAUUUUCAGUCUGGUGUUUCGUCCAGUUGUACGCCGAAAUCGUCUUCUUUUUUUGUAAUCACUUUGCUGUCUGCUGAUAGACCUGAGGAGGGGGGGGGGAGACGACGACGACGAGGAGGAGGAAGGUGGGCGAGAUGGAGAGGAAAUGACUUGCAGUUCCGGAUGGAUAGCCAGCCAGGCAGUCAGUCUGUAUAUAUAAUGGAUUUCCACUCCCCUCCCUCCUUCCCCUCCGCCGCCUCUCCUUUCCCUCCAGGCAUGCUCACCUCUCUGCCGUCGACGCACACACACACGACUCCUCGGAGGCAGAGCACCGUAGUCUGUAUAUAGAUGAUAUGGCGUUUGGGCUGUGGAAGCUAAUAACAGUAAACGACUUGCAGUGCGAUUGAAAGAUAUUUGCAGGAACAGCAGGUGAAAUGUACAUAUGGAGGCUGCAGUGGGGUGGGUCCUUGGUUUUCAGAGGGUGCUCAUUAGACGCCCAGCAGAGGGCAGUAGAGUAGAAGAGGAAGCAGGAUUUUCUUUCUAUCAUAUUUUUUUUUUUCAUGUGGAUUAUAUAUUGAUUUUUUUUUUUGUUUUGUUUUCCACUGUGUAAUAUUGUGCAGGCCAUUUGCAUUGACUGGGAAAACGCUUUCUACACUGUAUUCCAUAAUAAAGUUUUGAAUGUACAUACA